GCCCCGCCCCCCGCUCCGAGUCUCCGCCCUCCGUCCCGGCGUCUUCCAGACUCUUCCAGUCUUCUCCUCGUGACGUCACUGCCGGUAGAUAAGGCGCAGCGCCGGGUGGAUGGCUCAGUUCUCGCUUCCUCGCAGCGUCAUGAAGAGCAAUCUGAGCGCCGCCGCCGCCGAGCCGCUGCCCCCGGGCUGGGAGAUGAAGCUUGACCCGCACACCGGCUGGCCCUUCUACGUGGAUCACAACAACCGGACGACGACGUGGAGCGACCCGCGGGCCCAAGACAAGAUAAUGUCCAACGGUCCGGAGGGUCCGACGUGCGGCACCUUCUACUACCCUCGGCUCCGUCCUGGUUAUAUCCCGAUUCCCAUCCAGCAUGAAGGCCUGGAGAUCAGACAGCAGCCGCCCUUCCUUCAUGUGCAUCAGCCAGGAGUGCAGAGGGUUAAAUGUGAGCCCCCUGCGCAGAAGCGGCCGCAGUCUCCUCUGCAGGGCCCCAACCGACCUCAGUCUCCGGCCUGGAGCCCACCAGAGUCUCCUCCGACAGAUAAACAGGGUGGACAGGGCAGCGGGUCCUUGGCAUCACGUGGAUCAUCACAGGGACAAUCGCCUCCUCCAGAGCAGUCUCCUGGCAGACAGGUUCUUGGCAGACAUCAGCUGCCCCGGGGCUAUAUUCCCAUACCAGUGAUCCACGAGGGGAACCUCCCACGACAGUCUUCUCACCAUGUGCCACAGAAAACCCUGCAUCCAGAGUCCCAGUCACACCAGCCAGUGUUCCACAGGAUUCAGGACGAAAAAGACUCCAGACAACCCCCAAAGACUGUGUCUAGUCGAGAGAGUUCUCCGGCAAGAAGUCCUCCUCCCCCUGCUCCGGUCACAGUACAGAUUCCAGUACAGAGGGUUUCCCCACCUAGAAGUCACCUAGAAGUGGACUCCAGCCCUGUGUCCAUUCACAAGAUCUCUCCUCCACAUGUUCCAGUUCAUGUGAGCUUCACAUCAACCGCUCCAGGCCCAGAUAGUGCUCCGAGCACUGGUUCAGCCCAGCCAGUCUCUCCAACCAGCCCCCCAGCUCCGACAAGCCCACCCAGUGGCUCCUCAGCUCCGACAGGCCCAUUGAGCACUGAACAAGAGCGGAGCAGAAUUCUAGAAGAGGACAGUAAAUGUUCUCCCCAGAAAGUAGAAAAGGAAGGGCAGGAGCAAAGUCGGCAGCCAUUGGAAGACGGUGGAAUGACGCUGGAUGCAGAUGUUCCUCCAGCAGAGCCAUUUGAGCCCCAGAAUAAGCAUCCUGGACUCCUGCAGGUGGAAAGAAUCUUGCACAGGGUGCAGGCACUGCAAGAAGCUGUUGACAAUUUCCAAGGCGGCAAGAAUAAGAAGUAUAUGAUGUUGGAGGAGUAUCUGACUAAGGAGCUACUGGCCCUAGAUUCAGUAGACCCAGAGGGCCGAGCUGAUGUGCGCCAGUCUAGGAGAGAUGGGGUCAGAAGAGUCCAGAACAUUCUAGAGACUUUGGAACAAAAAGCUACUGAUAAUCCAGGAAUGGAGCCAGUUGGAAACUCCCAAGAACUAAUGGAAAUGGGUGGCACGAUGGAAGAAAGCCAUGGAGCAUCCAGCUCAGCUGCACCAGUUUGGCUUGAAGACCCCCAGCAAGAGGACGUUUCUGUCCCAAGCCGUGGACAUUAGUGGUUUAAACUUUGGGAAGAAAAGGCUGAUCACUUUGAAAUUUCUUGGGUUUUUAGUUUUGCAUUUUAAAAAGUUGCGCUUGUUCAUGUGUGACUGAAACUGUUUGUGCACAAUCCAUCCAUAAAGAAGACCUUGGCUCUGUGGACGGUGGGAGAAGGUUUACUGAGCGAUAUUUUCUGUGAAAUGAUUUGGGGGAAAAGUGCAGCCUGGAAGGGAAUGUUCGAUUGACGUAUUCUAGCUGGUUUCAGUUGUUAUGACACAAGGUCUGUACUGAUCUUUGCACUGAUGGUUGUCCGCAGGUGGAGCAGACUGCAUUACGGAGUGGCUUGUUUGACCAGUAUUGGGUCUUCACCACCCACCCUGUUCAGAAAGUUGUCGCUUUCUCUCUGGGUUCUGUCUUAUCAGCCCACCCUGAGUUGGGUCAAUCGGAUGUUGCCUGUGGCCCUAAAGCCACAUUCACACUGUAUCUGAGGUGGAGACCAGUGUUAUUGAAAGUACUGCAGGUAAUUGGGGACUCGCCCCUUACAAGUCAAUCUACGGUUCCUCCGCGUUCUAGACUAACUUGACAUCUAUGAUUUACUAUUGACUACUGAAGGGAGAACAGCAGGACAGGCGCGGGAGAAGUCUGAGCUCCACUGUGGUCACAUGACCUAACUACAUGGACCAUGUGAUCCCAUAUACGCAUCCGUUUAGCCGCCAUUGUUUGCCCUAUUGGUUUGGCACGGCUCGCAGUGCCCGAUGCUGUACUAGGCGCUGGCUGCAGAUCCAAGCUCCGGGGAGGUCGUCACUGCUCACAUCCAUUGCCCUAAGCUGGUGUCUCGGCUAUGG